AAGUUCUUCCUGUCGCAGGGACUAUCCCAGUCUCAAUACCUGUCCUUCAUCCCCUUGUCUCCCUCUCUCCUAACCCCCCUUCUUUGUCUCUCUCUCUAUCCCUCUCUCUAACUCUCUUAGGCUCUGCCAUCUUCAGCACGCAGAGUCCGUCAUCCCUUGAUCCUCCCAGCCGUGUGCCCGCAUCUUCGCCCCUUGCGCGCGGUUAUGCUGUCUCUUUGAACUCUCGGCAAAUUCAUUCGUAUUUCCUUUACCUUCUUGCCUCACUCAUCUGAAUCCACUUCGGUCGCGCGCAGUCGUUGGUUCUGUCCAAUUCUUUUCGACUCCUACCUCGAACGGAUUGAAGCACGGGAAGUGACACAAUAUGUACAACACACAUCGCGGGAUGGUUUCUGCUCCCAACUCCCGUCUAUCGGAGUUGCUGGAUCAGCUUCGCCAGGAAUUUGAAAACCAGUCGAGGAGCACUGGCGAAUUCGAGCAUCAAUUGACUGGCCAGCUUCAGGAAAUGGAGAUGAUCCGACAAAAGGUCUAUCAACUGGAACAGGCUCAGGUCAAAAUGAAACAAGAUUAUGAAGCAGAGAUUCGAAUGUUGCGAAGUGAACUUGAGAAUCGGGGUCUGCCUAUCGCCGGUCACGCACAGCAUACCGGUCCGUCUCAAGCACCUCCGCCAGCAUUAGGACACGGUCCAAGCAAUUUGUUUGGUGGGAUCAUAGCGAACCCAGGAGGUAGUGGUCCCGGUCUUGCCCCUCCCCCUCACCAGGAUCAGCAGCCUCCCCAGCAUACCCUUCAACAGCCUGCUCCCGCGGCCCAACCAGGAGCGCCGCAGCCACCGCAGAGCUCCUUUGGAGGAUAUCAGCCUGGUGCUGCUGUGAACGGUUAUGGUCCACCGCCGCCAACCGCAUCCCCUGGUCCAGGUAAAGGACGGGUGCGCGCCCCUCCUGGACCUGCAACUCCCCAGCAGACCCACCAGCUCGCGUACGCAGAUCCCAGAGCCUCCCCUCAGAUCGCUCGCCCAACUCCUCCUAGUCAAGCUCUCGUUCGCGAACGACCUGGUAACAUGCUUGCCAAUUGGAAUCUGGAUGAUUUGCCCGCUUCUCAGAAAAAGGAGGGUGCUGAUUGGUAUGCGGUUUUCAACCCUGAGGUCCAGCGGGUGCUCGAUGUGGAUCUCGUUCAUCAUCUCGUUCAUGACAGCGUCGUCUGCUGUGUCCGAUUCAGCCGCGAUGGCAAGUAUUUAGCGACUGGCUGCAAUCGAUCCGCCCAAAUUUUCGACGUGACUACCGGCCAAAAUGUUGCUACGCUCCAGGAUGAGACUGUUGAUAAGGACGGUGACCUCUACAUUCGCAGUGUCUGUUUCAGCCCUGAUGGGAAGUAUCUCGCAACUGGCGCCGAAGAUAAGCAAAUCAGGGUCUGGGACAUCGCCGCCAGAACAAUUAAACAUAUUUUCACCGGUCACGAGCAAGACAUAUACUCCCUCGACUAUGCGGGCAACGGGCGGUAUAUCGCUUCUGGCAGUGGUGACAAGACGGUUCGCCUCUGGGAUGUUCUUGAAGGCAAACUUUUCUACACUCUCACUAUUGAGGAUGGAGUGACCACAGUUGCUAUGUCCCCUGAUGGCCACUACGUCGCUGCAGGCUCGCUAGACAAGACUGUCCGGGUCUGGGAUACCACUAGCGGACGACUAAUGGAGCGUCUGGAAAGCCCUGACGGACACAAGGAUAGUGUGUAUUCCGUUGCUUUUGCCCCCAAUGGCCGUGACCUUGUCAGUGGCAGUCUUGAUAAGACCAUCAAGCUCUGGGAGCUUUCGGCACCAAGGGCCCCUCAGCCUGCGGGCUCUGUUAGAGGCGGUAAAUGUGUGCGGACAUUUGAGGGUCACAAGGACUUCGUUCUCAGUGUCUGCCUUACACCAGACGGCCACUGGGUUAUGAGUGGCUCGAAGGACAGAGGUGUUCAAUUCUGGGAUCCGAUUACUGGAAAUGCGCAGAUGAUGCUUCAAGGCCACAAGAACUCAGUGAUCUCGGUCGCCCCAAGCCCUACGAACAACUUGUUCGCUACUGGCAGUGGCGAUAUGCGCGCAAGAAUCUGGAGAUACUCUACAUAUACUGGACGGUGAUGAGAUUGAUUAUCGGAACUUUUGGCGUAAGAUGUGGCUUGUAUGUGUUUUUACUGUGGCAAACAGGGUUGAAUUUGGCUUGUCUCGUUGCGUUUGAUUUAUUACAGGCCUCCCCUGCUCAACAAGCAAGCUUAUGUAGUGAUUUGGCUCUAGGUAGCACACUCCAGGAUUAUGUUCUUAUGUAGUCUAUUCAGUGUUGUUUGUAUACUUUGCUGGUCCAUUCUGGUCUCUGUUUAAUUUAAACGGCCUUUUAACAGAUUUUCUAGCUUUAGCCAGGCUGACAGGUGGCACCGCGUACUCUCGGUCAUGUCACGUAGUUUUGAGGCCAUUGAAGAUUUACUGAAAGGGGGCCUCCUACUAUAUAGUAUAGCUUCUCUGAGAGGCGCC